AUGGCCGACCCGAUGGAGCCUGGGGAGGGGAUGACGCUGUACCACUCCGCGUCGUCCAGGGCGUUUCGGGUGCUGUGGGCGCUGCACGAGAUGGGCAUUGCAGACCAGUGCAAGCUCAUCACGAUGCCCUUUCCUCCGCGCGUGUUCGUGAAGGAGUUCCUCAAGAAGAACGUGCUUGGCACGAUCCCCUUCUUCGUCGACAAGGGCGGCAAGGUACAGAUGACGGAGUCGUGCGCGAUCCCGCAGUACAUCGCGCAGGCGUACGGGCCGACGUCCCUGGAGACCGUGGUGCUGCGCUACACGCUGCAGGAGAGGGGCCGGGCGGACCAGGCGGCCGAGGACUACGGCAAGUGGUACCUGGCGCGCCUGCGGCUGCUCGACGGCGCCCUCUCCGACGGUCGGGAGUUCCUGUGCUCUGGCCGCUUCACCAUAGCCGACGUGUGCAUCGCCUACGCGCUCCUGCUCGGAACGCGCUUCGGCUUCGACAAGCGCUACUCGCCGCAGGUCAAGGCCUACCUGGACCGCAUGUCGGAGCGCGCCGCGUUCCGGGCGGCGCAGGACCACGAGGCCAGAAGCGCGGCGGAGUUCGAGGCGCUCGUGCAGGCCUCGAGCUACAAGCGGCUCAAGUCGAUGGUGCACGACGAACUCAAGAACUUCUUCAAGCCGGAGUUCCUCAACAGGCUGGACGAGAUCAUCGUCUUCAAAUCGCUCACGAAGCCCGAGGUUGCACAGAUUGCGGAGCUGGAGUUCAAGAAGACUUUUGGCCGCACCGCCGAGCGCGGCAUCAAGCUCACGAUGACCGACCGGUUCAAACAGAAGGUCAUCGACGAGGGGUUCAACCCGGUCUACGGGGCACGGCCGCUGCGCCGCGCCAUCAUGCGACUAGUCGAGGACGACGAGCUCGCCGAGUCCUUCCUCAAAGAGCCGACCGUGGAGGGCGAGUGCAUCCUGCUGGACAAGGACGGCGACGGCAACGUGGUGGUUCUCAGGAACCAGGAGGCGCCCGAGGGCGGCGCCGACGCCCUGGAGGACGCCGGGGACGGCGAGAAGGUCGCCGAGCCCGUCGAGGCCUGAGCGGGGCCGCCGCAGAGGAGCGAGGCACCGCGCAGGCGGGAGUCCGAGCACCGGGCGUGUAUGCGGUACGGCGGCCGCGCGCGGCACGUGUCUGGAACGCAGGUCCCCUUGAAGAGGAGGCUGAACUGUUUUUCGUUCUCCAAGACUCACAGAUCGCUACUUCUGUGCCCCAGUGCUUGGUCUGGGGGCCCGUGAUUACCCAGUGUACUGCUAGCGCCCCGUCCCGUCCUUGAUGGACAGCCACUUGGGCUUGACAGGGCUGCGAGGCAAACCCAUGAAAUGACUGUCAAUCUGCGAGUGCUGCCCUGGAUGGCGUUAGAACAUCGGACGUCUCACGAUGUGCUUUGCUCGAGCCAUUGCAGCAUCGGCUGUGCAAUCUAGCCACCGGGCGCCAAGGGCAUUUUGAGAUGCAGUACGAGGGCGGGGGGCCGCGGCGGAUGCAGCGGGCAACUUUCUCCGCACGCCGCCCGACGGCGGCGCUCCUCAUGCUCGCAGCCACAGUGCUGGCGAGGUGUGAGCUUG